AUGGGCGAACAAGCUGUACUCAUAAUUGGUAUCUUGUCCAUUGGUGACAUGGGUCUUGGCAUCGGCAAGCUACUCAUCACUUUUAGUGAUCAAACCCGAGAAAGGGCUCGAUCCAACGGCAUAGAACUUCUGCCGUCUAUCAGUGAAUUGGUCAAGCUGUCUGCUUGUUUACUUUCCAUUGUUCCCCCUCGAGAUGCGCUGACCACUGCGCAACGUGUUUUGAAUGAAACACCCAGCGGCACCAAUGCACGAGAACGUCCUCUUUAUUAUUUGGAUCUCAACGCCAUAUCACCGGGGCUCGCCAUUCAAAUACACGCUCUCUUCCGAAACAAUCCGAACAUUGUUCUUAUAGACGGCGGCAUUAUCGGCGGAGUUCCCUACCAGAAAGCCGACUCACUUUCGGGAUGGAACUGCCCAUCCCUGAUUGUUUCUGGCCCAACGAAGCUUCCUUACGCGGAUCUCGCCAAGACACUCAACGUCGACCACAUGUCUGAGCGCCUAGGCGCAGCAUCAGGCCUUAAAAUGUGCUUCGGUAGUACGACUAAGGGGUUCUUUGCACUCGCCAUCCAGUCCUAUGUCACGGCAGAGGCACUUGGCAUAUUACCACAGCUACGUGACUACAUGAAGAGGUACAACGCGGAAACCCUUGCAAUUGCAGAUAAGGGUGUCAUCAGCAUGCCGCCCAAAGCAUACCGUUGGGUGAAUGAGAUGCAACAGAUUGGUGUCAUGAUGGAAGAGGAUGGCGGGUUUGAUCGAGGACUCUUUGAUGGGAUUGCGGAAGUCUACCGAGUUGUCGCUGAGGACACUGCGCUUGGUCUGGAGCAGCCGGGCAAGAGGUCAAGAGGCACAACAAUAGAUGACGUGGUAGCAGUGAUGAGGUCUGGAAUGGAGUCUACAAAGCACAAGUAA